UCUAAUCGGAUAGGAAUUGGGCUGUUCGCUCCCGGUUGCCUUGUACUGUAGUUGGUGCAGUCGUUGACGGCGGGCGUGAGUCGUCGCCAGGGCUCGCGUUGCGAUGGCGGCCGUUGUUAGGGAGGGCGCGGAGCUCGAGCCGGGCGCCGGUCCGGGCCGCGACGUGCGGAUCCGGGGGGCCCGCUGGCGAGGGCCCGAGCCUCUCUCCGCGAAGUGGGAGAGCGGAGCGAAGAAACAGCCGAGGAGAGGCCUGCAUGGCGUGGCGGCGGUAUUGCCGCCGGGUCCGGCGCAGCUGUCGGAGGUGGCCGUGUGGCUGGUGGCGGCCGCCUAUAUACUGCUACUCUGGGGCGCCAUUCAGCUAUCGCUGCGGCAGCUGCUGACCGGACCAGCGAACAGCGGUGGUGGGGACGCGUUUAAUGCACUUAGGGCAAGGAAAUAUCUCCAGGACAUUACUGAUUUUGGACCCAGGCCAACUGGAAGUGCUACCAGUGAAAUCCUGACUGUUAACUACCUCUUGGACCAGGUCCAGAAGAUCAAAGCAGAAAGUACAGCAGUGCAUACCAUUGCAGUGGAUGUUCAGAAACCAACUGGCUUCUUCAGUAUUGAUUUCCUUGGUGGUUUCACCAGUUAUUAUGCUAAUGUUGCUAAUGUUGUUGUGAAAUUAGAACCAAAGAAUGGAGCAAAGCAUGCUGUGCUUGCAAACUGCCAUUUUGAUUCUGUGGCCAAUAGCCCAGGUGCCAGUGACGACGCGGUCAGUUGUGCAGUUAUGCUUGAAAUUCUGAAUGUUUUGUCAAAGUCUUCAUUCCCUCUGCAACAUGCAAUUAUAUUUGUUUUUAACGGAGCAGAAGAAAAUAUUUUACAGGCAAGCCAUGGAUUUAUUACCCAGCACUCUUGGGCUAAAUUAGUAAGGGCAUUUAUUAAUUUAGAAGCUGCUGGCGUAGGAGGGAAGGAGAUUGUUUUUCAGACAGGUCCAGAAAAUCCAUGGUUAGUUCAGGCUUAUGCUCGUGCAGCUAAACAUCCUUUUGCAUCUGUCGUUGGUCAGGAAGUAUUUCAAAGUGGGGUCAUUCCAUCUGACACAGAUUUUCGAAUCUACCGAGAUUAUGGCAAUAUUCCAGGAAUCGAUUUGGCUUUCAUUGAAAAUGGUUACAUCUACCAUACAAAAUAUGAUACAGCAGAUCGUAUCCAUUUAGACUCCAUUCAGAGGGCUGGUGAUAAUAUACUAGCUGUACUGCAGUACUUGGCAAUGUCCGAGGAGUUGGCUGACUCGACACAGUAUCGUCAUGGCUCCAUGGUGUUUUUUGAUGUGCUUGGAAUGUUUGUUGUGGCUUAUCCAAAACGGAUUGGUACCAUAAUAAACUGUCUGGUAGCCGUAGCGACUGCCCUCUACCUGGGAAGAAAGUUCUCUCUAUCAAAGAGUUCUGGUUCUCUCUAUAGGAGUGAUCUACUUUAUGGAAUUGGCAUCACAAUAAUAUGCUGGUUUAUCACCAUUGUGACCAUCCUCAUUGUAGCUGUAUUUAUAUCUCUCACUGGACACUCCAUGUUUUGGUUCACCCACUUCUAUGCUUCUGUCAUCUUGUACGGCUCCAUAGCCCUCAUGAAGCUCCUGCUGAUACAUACACUGGCCAAAAAUCUUUUCUAUGGAAAGAACGUGAACAAGGUUUACCUAUCAGAAUUGUAUUUUGAUGUUUCACUAACAAUCUGGUGCUGCAUUUUGAUUUACUGUACUCAACGAGAUCUAUGCUCUGCUUAUGUGCCGGGAUUGUGGGUGGCGUUUCCUUUGCUGGUGAAGUUAUUGAUUGGCGGACAACUGAAACAAAAAGGUCCUACAUUGAAGCUGAUGGCAAUUUAUUUUCUGGGCCUGUCUAUUCCUCAUCUUUUGACCAUGUAUCUAUUUUGGACUGCAUUUGAAAUGUUCACACCUAUCCUUGGUCGAAGUGGGACUGAGAUACCUCCAGAUAUUGUACAGGCUUCUAUUAUUGCAGCAUGCACAAUUAUUCUAACAACUUAUUUUGUAAGCCUGAUCUACCUGUGCCGCAGUACCAAGUGGAGUCUGCUGAGUUUGGCGAUUGUGUUUCUGGGUUCUGCCUCCCUUGUGUGUAGUGGAGUGUUCUUUCCGUAUUCAGGUGAACCUGCUAGUCCACAUCCCAAACGGAUCUUCCUGCAGCAUAUAACACGAACUUUUCACAAUGUUAAUGGAGAAGUGGUCAAGAAAGAUUCUGGCAUCUGGAUCAAUGGAUUUGAUUACACCCUCAUGUCCCAUGUUACUCCGUAUAUACCUGAAAUCAAUGAUACAUUGAGGAGCCCCUGUGAGAACGCACCUUUUUGUGGAUUCCCUUGGUAUUUACCUGUUCAUAGUUUUAUCAGGAAAAACUGGUAUCUGCCAGCUUCAGAACUUCCAAUCAGGGAACCUGUUGCUUUCAGACUUAUUUCCAAGUACAAGCUGCCUUCACAAUCUAUUAACAUGACCUUUGAGGUGGAUGGUCCCAGUCACAUUACACUGUACAUUCGGCCACGUGAAGGUUCUUCCAUAAUCAGGUCGUCUGUAGGGGAUGCAAGUUCUUUAUACAGCACUGAUGGAGAUUACUUUUUCUUCUAUUCCCAUGGGCUACAGGCUCCCCCAUGGCAAUUUUGGUUGGAGAUUCAGACUGUAGACCCUACUCCUGAUGAGAUGGUGGUUAUUGCUGUAGCUUCUCAUUAUUUAUUUGGAGAUGAACAAAGGACAAGAGAACUUACUGCUCUUGAAAAGAGAUUUCCGGAAUGGUGUUUUAUAUCCAGCUGGACCAGUACAUACAACUUGUUUGUCUUCUGAAACUAGGUAAGAGAUGGAGACAAUAUACCCCAUGUUGCUACACCAUCUCUGCAAGGGCAGCAAACUAUCUUGAAUAUGAGGCCAUAAUUGCAAUAAUUAUUCAAUUUGAUGAUGACUGUUUUGGAAUGAAGGAAAGACUGAUCAAGUGAAGCUUCAAGCUAUUGCCAGAAACUUCUUGGCCCUAAGAUGAUUAAAAAAAAUAUAACUAAU